AUGCCAUUUCCUUUUGUACUCGUUUGCGACCUUCUAGAGCAAGCUCAUAGACAAUGCAAAUCUGGCAGAAAGAACCUCAAACAACUAGUGUCCGAUUGGUUCGCGCGACAUCGCCGAAGCAUCGACAACCCAACAACUGAUGCAUCCGCUUUACUCUCUAUCCUCCUCCCAGACAGGCGUACCGAUCGUGUAUAUGGCUUACAAGCCAUAAGACUGUCAAACAUUGUGGGCAGAGCUCUCGGUGUCAGCAGGACAAAGAGGCAAGACGAGCUGCGGCGCUUUGAGAAGCCUGGCUUGAGUUUAGAUCUGGCCGACUGCAUUGAAAAUAUCCUCAGAGAGACACCAAACCCGUUUUUCUCCGAACAGGGUGCCGUCACUGUCGAGGAGAUCGAUACUGUUCUAAACAGCCUCGCAGCAAGCUGCAAAUUUAGCUCUCCUGCAAUUCAAGCGUCACAGCCUCGUCCAGGGAGUAGCGAACGGGAAGAACUCGUUGCCAAUUUGUACAAAUGCCUACAAGCCAGAGAGGCCAAGUGGCUUACCCGUCUAAUCCUCAAAAACUACCAACCAAUAAUGUUUGAUCCAGGACACGUCUAUUACUGCUAUGAUCCGAUGCUUCCCAACAUCUUGAGAGUUCAAGAGGAGUUCUCUGUGGCGUUGUCUCUGGUGCAGAAGUUGAGAAGCGAUUCCUCGUUUCGCAUUGGAGGUGACUUACUGAAGCAUUUAACCCCUGUUCUGGGUGUGAAGGUUGGUAGGCAACCAUGGCUUAAAGGACGCAGCAUCAAGCACUGCAUGAAUAUUGGCCAUGGCUGGAUGAGCUGCGAGAAGAAGAUUGACGGUGAAUACUGCCAAGUCCACGUAGACUUAAGCAAGGGACGCAACUGCAUCCAGAUCUUCUCUAAAAGUGGCAAGGACAGUACAUUGGAUCGCAUAGCCCUGCAUGGAGCAAUCUGCGACUCACUAGACAUUGGAAAGACUACCUGUAAGUUGUCGAGGGGAUGCAUUUUGGAGGGUGAGCUGGUCGUCUACAGUGAUAAGGAUAAGAAGAUCCUCCCUUUUCAUAAGAUACGCAAAUACGUAUCAAGAUCGGGUAGAUAUCUACAUACCGAAGAGGACUCACAGCGACAUCAUUAUGAGCAUCUAAUGAUUGUUUACUUUGAUGCUCUUCUGAUUGACGAUGAGUCGCUGCUUGGUGCCUCACACAGUGAGCGUUUCAAACGUCUCACUGAUCUGAUACAUUGUCGAGAGGGACAUGCCGAGUUGGUAGAACGUCAAGUUAUCCGCCUCGACCAUCCAUUGGCAGCAUCUCACCUAAGAAAGGCCUUUGCCAAAUCCAUAACAGCACGAGAUGAAGGGUUGGUCUUGAAGCCGGACGACCCAUACUUCAAUUUUUGCAAGGACCGUCGGUCCUUUUCUAGUUGCCCUAUCAAGUUAAAAAAGGAGUAUAUUGGCAGCUUUGGGGACGUGGGCGACUUUGCUGUUGUAGCAGCUCGUUACGAUGCAGACAAAGCAAAAUGCUAUCCUAUCCCAAAUCUUCAAUGGACACACUUCUACCUUGGCUGUCUCGACAACAAGGAAGACGUUGAGAGAUACCAGGCACGGCCUGAAUUCACAGUGGUUCACCAGGUGGAGCUCAACGAGACCCUCCUCAAGACUGUUAUCACCUACGGCAGGCCCAUGCCGGUGUCAUUUGAGGACAACACCACUCUCAUACUCCGCAUCAAACCGGGCAUCGCUCAACACGGGAUGCCAAGCGUAGUUUUCACCGAGCCUAUGGUGUUUGACGUCCGCUGUUUCUCGUUUGAUAAGGAGGGAAACACCGGCUUCUGGCAACCAAGGUUUCCUCAGAUAUCAAAAGUUCAUUUUGACAGGUCCUUCAUUGACACCAUCUCCUUUGCCGAAUUGCAGCAGAUAGCAGAGGAUGCAACAAAAACGCCUGCUAUGGAAGACAGUCAAGAAUUGCUCGACUGGAUCGCCGCGUUAGAAGGUGCAGACCCACGUGGUAUUCCCGUAGAUGCUAUCAGCCAAUCGACGACCACUUCUCUCCUGACACCAUCUCGCACGUCUUCUGUCAGACCAUCGACCUCGCCAGCUCCGAUGUUCUUUGAAAGCCCAAGCUUGGCGCGUCGAUCCCUCCCGGCCUUGCUCGAGGUCUCAGAGACUCCAGCUGUUCCCACGCCAACUGCGCUGGCCCUUAAGGGUACAACCACCAAGCCUUUGGAGAAGCUUGUUAACGAGACAACAACCGAGGUGCUCAACACCAGUAAGCGAGCCCAAGGAAGCACCAACCCAUCCUCACGCGAAAUGAAGAGACUGAGAGUUUUAUCAGAGUCUGGCAUGGACAACCAAGACCCACCUAGUUCGCAAGCCCGGCAGCCGUUGAGAGAAAGGAGCGUCAACCAGGACAGUUCGUCUCCCCAUGCCUCCCAGCAGUCGGUAUUGGGAGGUCACGGGGAAACAGCUCCAGCAUUGCCUCUGCAGACGCAGACCAAAACGGUACUCCCGCCUUCCAGUGACGCCCAACUACGACAUGUUCCGGCUAUUUCAAAGCCGAACGAUAGACACACCAAAAUGACGCAACUGCGGCAGCCAUCUCUAACCAACCAAAAGUGCGAAAACGCAGGCGACAACUGUCUCUUAGCAAAUCGGAUUGCUCUACUGGCCCCAUGCAUCGCCAACCAGUCCUGGGUCACCGAAAACCUCCUCGCUUCUCACGGAAUUCGUGAGUGGACAGCGGAGCUACAGGUAUGGAUCAACAGGACACCUCCGCCGACCCCAUCUCAGUCGAACAAGAAGCGCGUUCGGAAGAUUUGCUUCGUCGAGCAUAAUCGCAAAGAGGCUACCCGAGCUUUCAUGAAACAAAUCCUUGAUAACCCACACUAUCUGCCUAGUGGCAAGCGUGAAUGGAUCGAGGUGUACGACUGGCGUCUUUUGGAAGAUAUAAGUUCUUUAGAGAAGUUGCAAAAGGGCUCUCGGCCGUUGGCAGAGCACCCGAACCCGAAGCGCAAAUGGUUUGUCGGGCUAGUUUGA